AGAGAGGCCCAGCAUCUGACCGCCGGGUCAUGUUCGGAAACGGGUUUGUUUAAUCAAAUCGACCAAUCCGGUUGUUAAACCCAUCCUCCAAAUUCCAAAACCCUCAUCACAUUUCACACAGUCACGCACUGAAUCUCCGCCAAUUAGGCUGUUCUUGAGCUCGCUUCAGCUAUCAUUAACCGCAGUUUUGAAACCCUGAUUUUAAUUUCAAUUUCAUUCCCUCUCGAAUCCCGCUCUGAACACAAGUUGAGCUUUAUACUGAGUUGUGGAGAAGAAAUUCCGUGACGCCUCCUCCUGUUGCGGCUGCUCCGCCGUUUUCUCCGGACUCCCAGUUCCGUCACUUCAACCUAGUCACCUUUGCAAAAAGUUACAGCGAAGAAUUAUGGCUAAACUAAAGGAUAGAAAGAAAAAUAAGAAAAUGGCAACAGAUAAGAUGGACGGGACUCAUGAAGGUGAUCAGCAGCCUGCUGUCAAGGAGAAAUCACAGGGAGAGGAAGAAAACCGUGAAAGGAAGAAGUUGAAAACUAAGAAAAGAAACAAGGACCAAAAAACUGAUGCAGUAGGUGUUGGAAGUGAAACAAACCAGGAUAAUGACGAAGAUGGCUUUGUUGAACAGAAUGGAAGCUUUGACGAAGUGCGAAAAAGUAAGAAAACAAAACCAAAGCAAAAGAAGGACACAAAAUCUCCAUCAAAUAAAGUUCAUCCUAAGGCUGAGAGUUACUCCAAGGAAGGAAAUGGUUUUACCGGAGACUUGGCUAGAGGAAAUGAGGUAUAUCAGAUUUCUUCUGGAGAUGAAGACUGCUCAAAAGGAAUGAAAAAAUGGAUUAUGGACUACCAAUACAAGCGACCAGGGUUGAAAGUACUGCAAGAAAGAAUUGAUGACUUCAUAACUCGAUAUGAGGCAAAGGAGGAGCAGGAAAGAAGAGAACGUGAAGCCCGUGCUGCCGAGGAUGGGUGGACUGUUGUUACUCAUCAAAAGGGACGCAAGAAAACGACAGAUACUGAAACUGGAGUUGUCGUUGGUUCUGUUACUCAGGCUGCAGUUCUCGAUAAGAUGUCCAAAAAGAAGAGUAAAGAUGUGGGUGUAGAUUUUUAUCGGUUUCAGAGAAGAGAAGCACAAAAAAACGGUAUAUUGAUCUUUACACAAUCUGUUUUUAGUUUCUCGCCCUUAUAUUUGACAUAUUAUUGUCUUGAAAAGUUUAAUGUUAUGGAUGACUACAUAAUAUAGAAUUCUUGGUGCUAGUUCUUUGUUUUAUUGUUAUGUUUCUGUUCAAUAUUGUUUGCUAGAUCAAUGUUUAAUGGCAUACUACUCCAUACAGAUGAAGAACACUCUUCAAUCUCUAAACUUUGGAAGUGAACAUGAAAGUGCUUGUAAAACUUUUAUGAAAAUGUUGCAAGUUGGAAUAAGUGGUGCAUGUCAUUCUCUUCCGACUUCAGGCUAUGGUCUUCAGAUACAAUUUCUUUUUGAACCCAUUUGGCAUUGGACACAUUUCUUCAUGCCUUUUAAAUAUAGUACCUUUAUGACUUGCAGAGAUUAUGAGGCUGCAGAGCGAGUUUGAACAAGAUAAAAAACGAAUUCAGCAAUUAAGAGCAGCAAGAAAAUUUAGACCCUACUGAUUAUUUGCGAAUGAAAAAUGCUGCAAAUAUUGGCAGGAGGAGCUCCAGUGCUCGGAAGGCUCCUUUUCUUGCUGUUGCAUUACAUGCUUUUGGAGCCGUUGCUGCAAUAUUUGGAGUAGCUGGGG